AAUCAACUUGCCGAUGAUAAUAGGAUAUUGACCUUUAUAGAUUGCCGAAAGGCCAAGGCCAAUGUAAGCCAUAUACGAGUAUACAUCAUCCAUCCAAGAUUCCAACAUACAAUACUGUUCAAAUAUCUGAUUACAUAAAUCCUCACAAGCAGUUGCACCAUCGCACACCACUCUCUUCUCCUCUUGCUGUCAGGGAGGAGAGAUUGUUUACUCCAUCUCUGUGAAUCAAUCGAAAAUGAGCAUGAUGCAGCUCACAAAAUGCAGUCCGCAUAAUCUGUUCAUGUUACCAACAUCAAUAUCUUCACCUGUGAUCUCUUCUUUUUCGUAUUCGCCAUCUUUUCCGUAUAGUAAUAGAGGAAACCAACUAAGCAACUUGCUAUUUCUAAAUUGUAAUGAAAGAAGAAAUCAAAUAAAUACAAGUAGAAGUAGAAGAAGAAGCGAAACUGGUAGAUCGAAGACAUUUUUUAUUGCAUCUUCAUCAUCAUCUUGGUCUUCUUGGAAACCUGAUGCUACAGCUCCAUCCCCUCCUCUCAGCGACAUCAUAUGGCCUGCUGCAGGAGCAUUUGCUGCAAUGGCAAUGCUGGGAAAAAUAGAUCAAAUGUUGUCACCAAAAGGAAUCUCAAUGACCAUUGCACCUUUAGGAGCUGUUUGUGCCGUGCUUUUCUGCGCUCCUUCCUCCCCUGCUGCUAAGAAGUACAAUAUGUUCAUGGCUCAGAUUGGUUGUGCAGCAUUUGGGGUUUUAGCUUUCACAGUUUUUGGUCCGGGAUGGCUUGCUAGGAGUGUCUCUCUCGCUGCAUCAAUAGCUUUCAUGACGUACACCGGCACAAUGCAUCCCCCAGCUGCAAGCUUGCCAAUACUAUUCAUCGAUGCAGCAAAGUUGCAUCAAUUGAAUUUCUGGUAUGUUUUGUUCCCCGGUGCUGCAGGAUGCAUUCUCCUUGCCUUGAUGCAAGAGGUUGUGUGUUACUUGAAAAACAACUUCAAAUUUUGAUAUUUGUCACCAUUACUAUUCCAACGAUGGAUGAAUGGAAGGCAUACUCAUUUGAUCCUGUAAAUUUUGUCACGGUUUGCACAUCCUUCAAGAAAUGACCCUUCAGAACAUAAUAAGCUGCAGACAGAUAGCUUUGAUUGUAGAUACAACAGCCAUCUCUGUCAUCUUGUCUAUUGUUUCUUCCCAUAAAUUUUCUUUCUCUCUAUCUUAUAUCUGUCAAUUCUUCUUCUUCUGCUCUUUCUUACUCAAGAUAAAAAAAAUUGUAUCUAGUAAAAUGGAAUCCAUGGGAAUAUGUUCCCUUGUAUUUAAGUAUAGUUCUCUUCCCUAUACUUAUCUUUCUUUUCAAAAUGAAAGUAUUAGCAUGUGCUAUUUGAAAUUCCA